GGAUGUGGGAGGGAAACGACGUUCUGGCCGAGCCGCCCGUUUCUGUGGUUCCCGGCAGUUGAAACCGGAAGGAGGCUCAGGUCGGAGGAGGAGGGCGGUGGCAGCGGCCUCAGAUGUGUCUGUGCCUUCCCGCUUGGCUCCGUCUGCGGGCGCCUCCUGAGCAUGUGCAGAGCACAAGUUGACCCGAGUUCAGGCCGUGGAGGGGCCCGAGGCGGGGCUUCUCCGCCGCCUUCUUACUCGGAGAGAGCCUUGUUUUGCUUCCGCGUCAGACGUGGCCUCUUCACCCUCUUCCCCUCCUGACCUCAAAGUCCAGCUCCUCGCCCGGUUCCUCGGAGAGUCCUUUAUCUCUCUCCUCCCCCCUCUCGGAUGUCUUCACUCAUACCCCUCUCUAAGCCAAUUUUAUUUUUAUUUUUUUUGAUAUAUAUAUAUAACGUCUUGGAAGUUCUUGCGUGGGCUCAGAGGGAAGGAGGGUGGGAUGACUAAUAAAUAAGGUUUCGAGUCAGAAAACCCAACAUUUUCCUCUGCAAAUUGCUCUACAGGAAACCCCUAAACUGCUUUCCUUGCGUCCCUGGAGUCUUUGCCUGGAAUGGCAGAAGAUCAGGAGCUGGCCAAGCCAGCCAAGACUCUCCCGGAGCCCUUGGCCAAGGGGGGCUCUGGCAACACCUACCGUAGUGCGCAACACUCCCAGGCUUUACUGAAUGGCUUGGUGGCUCUCCGGGACAGCGGCAUCCUCUUUGACGUUAUCCUGCGUGUGGAGGGGAAGCCGAUCGAGGCUCAUCGGAUCCUCCUGGCGGCGUCAUGCGAUUACUUCAGGGGCAUGUUUGCUGGCGGACUAAGAGAAAUGGAACAGGAAGAGGUCCACAUUCAGGGUGUGUCUUAUAACGCCAUGUGUCAAAUCCUGAACUUCAUAUAUACUUCGGAACUGGAGCUUGGCCUCAGCAAUGUGCAGGAAAUACUGACUGCCGCCUGCCAGCUUCAGAUCCCAGAGGUUAUCAAGUUCUGCUGUGACUUCCUCAUGUCCUGGGUGGAUGAGGAGAACGUCUUGGAUGUGUACAAGCUGGCCGACCUUUUCCACCUGAGCCACCUGAGUGAGCAGCUGGACUCCUACGUUCUGAAAAACUUUGUCACUCUCUCCAGGACAGAAAUGUACCGCCAGCUUCCCUUGGAAAAGGUCUACGCCCUCCUCAGCAGUAACAACUUGGAGGUCAGCUCUGAGAAUGAGGUUUACGAGGGGGCCCUGCUGUACCAUUACACUCCAGAGCAAGUGGAAACGGAUCAGGUCUCCUUGAUGGAGCCCCCAAAGCUGUUGGAGACGGUCCGCUUCCCCUUGAUGGACUUUCCUGUCCUGCAGAGGCUUCACAACAAGCUCAGCCCAUGCCCUUUGAAGGAGACUGUGGCGAGUGCUCUGAUGUACCACAAGAAUGAGUGCCUGCAGCCCAUGAUGCAGAGCCCACACACUCAGCUGAGGUCCGAGUUUUGCUGUGUGGUGGGCUUUGGGGGGAUCCACUCCACCCCUUCCACAGUCGUCAGCGACCAGGCCAGGUAUCUGAACCCGCUGCUGGGAGAGUGGAGGCACUUCACAGCAGCCUUGUCCCCCAGGAUGUCUAACCAGGGAAUUGCAGUCCUCAACAACUUUGUCUACUUGGUUGGGGGAGAUAACAACAUCCAUGGCUUUCGAGCAGAAAACAGGUGUUGGAGGUACGACCCACGCCACAACCGGUGGUUCCAGAUCCAGUCUCUCCAGCGAGAGCAUGCGGACCUCUGCGUCUGUGUGGUGGGAGAGUACAUCUACGCCGUGGGAGGACGGGACUACCACGAAGAACUGCGGGAAGUGGAAAGAUACGACCCCAAAACCAACACCUGGGAAUACGUGGCCCCUCUCAGGAAGGAGAUUUAUGCACACGCCGGAGCCGAGUUGGACGGACGGAUGUACGUCACUUGCGGGAGGCGAGGCGAGGACUACCUGAAGGAGCUGCACUGCUAUGACCCUGUAGACAAUCGCUGGGACAGCCUGGCCGACGGCCCUGUCCGGAGGGCCUGGCAUGGGAUGGCAGCCCUGCUGGGCAGGCUGUACGUGAUUGGAGGGAGUAACAACGACUCUGGCUACAGGCGGGACGUUCACCAGGUGGCCUGCUAUUCCCCCAGCACCGCUCAGUGGACCACUGUGUGCCCUUUGCCUGCAGGACAUGGCGAACCCGGCAUUGCCGUCCUGGAUCACAUGAUCUACGUUUUAGGGGGCAGAUCCCACAACCGGGGGAUUCGCAUGCAUUACGUCCACAUUUAUGAUGCUGACAGAGACUGCUGGGAGAGAGGCCCUCGGCUAGAGGACAACAUCUCUGGGAUGGCCGCCUGUGUCCUCACCCUGCCCAGGGCCGUUAUCACGAAUGCCGAGAGGUGGACCCCUGAACGGCAGCAAAACAGGCUCCAGAACCACCCAGACAUUUCUUCAGAGGUCAUGAGCAUGUUAGAUUGGGAGGAAUUUGACCAUCUGAGUGACAACUGAGCAGCACUUGAGGCUCCGCUGCCGCAAGGGAAUGGCAUGCAAGCCUCUUUGCUUUCUGCUUCUUCUUCCCCGCAGCUGAGCUGGGUGGUGUGGUUCUCCUGAUUUUGGAGGAGCUCCUUAGCCCCACUGACGGUGUGGGAGGAGGCAACCUGGUCCCCUCAUCAGGCCUUGUUAGCCUGCUGCCAACGAGGCCAGAAGCCAGCCAUUGCAAAAGGGGGGGCCUGGAUUUCUGGCUGGUGUCACUCUGAUGUGCAGCAUGGACACUUUGCUUUGGAGGGAGGCUGGGUUGUAUGGUGUCCCCACACCCCUGAACCACUGGAAGGCUUUUAGGAACAACUGGGUGGAUCUUUGGUAGCAGCCAAUCCAUGUUUUUAAUAUGUGGUGACUUUCUGUAUUCUAAGAUAGGGUUACUAGAUGUCCCCAUUUCCCGGGGACAGUCCCCAGAUUUGCAAAUUUGUCCCCAGACAAAUUCCAUCCCUGGAAUGUACCCGGAUUUCAUCUGAUGUCCCCGGGAAGCGUUGCAGCAGCGGCAGUCUCAGCAGCCCGGAGCCAGCCUGGUAGCAGGAGCUGCCCGCUGCCGUGGCGCCCGCCAUUUUGCCUCACUGGAAGUCCCCAUAUGAUGUGUUGCGCACAAGACACAUCAUAUGGGGACUCGGUGUAGGGGCUGCAGAUGUGGUGGUGGGCGCCGCCGCCAGGUGAAAGCUGCAUAGGGCCACUGAGCUCGGUGCGCCGCUGCAACUUGGCGCUCAGCUCGCCGUCGGCACCGCUGCCCAAGGCCGCCGGCUCCGGUUCCGGCUCAGCCUCCAGGUGGUGCUUGGGCGGCUGCGGCUGCUGCUUGGCUUCACCGUUGUGCUCCUCAACUUGCAAGCGGCGGCUCAGUUUGUUUGCCAGCUCAUCAUUGAGGUGAGCAGGCCCAAGCACGCCUCCUCCUGCUCGCUCCCCUCCGGCUCUGCCCCAGACCCCCUGACUGGGCGCUCCACAGCGCAGGUGGGCGGCCGCCAGACGAUGCCUGCGCAGGAGACGCCCAGGCAGGCGGGCAGGGCAGCAGCAGGAGGAGGGGGUUCUGCUAACGCUUACUCCCGAGUAAGCCUAUAGGAGAUCACAGUACAAGGAGGGGGAGGGGGGGGGAAGCACGGCUAGUUCUCCAAGAAAGGCCAGGACCCAGAAGAAGACCACACAACAGAGGAGACCACAGAAGAGAAAAUAUUACUUCUUAAUUUUUUUAAAUAACCUUUUUCCUCUCUUUUUUUUUUAAGAAAAAAUAUUAUUUUAUUUUAUUUUUAUUAAUUGAUUGAUUGUGUCCCCAUAUUCAUUGCAAUAAAUCUGGUAACCUUA